GACCGGGAGGGAUGCGGGGCUCUCUCACUCUCCCCCCACCCACCCUGCGAACUCUACCAUCGGAUUGGUCGAAUUUAACGGGACCGCUCGCCGCAGCCGGCAGUCUUGAGCGCCAAGCAAAGCGACCAAAACCGAAUGCGACGAGAAAAAAUUUUUAUUACACUCUCACUCUUGCUAUACGGCGGUCGUGUUCGUAUAGUGUUGUGACUUGUUUUUCAAUAUUGUAUUUUUCUAUUCGUUUCAAUAGUACAUCAUGCCACCCAAGACUAGCGGAAAGGCCGCUAAGAAAUCUGGCAAGGCCCAGAAGAACAUUUCCAAAUCGGACAAGAGAAAGAAGAAGCACAAGAGGAAGGAGAGCUAUGCCAUUUACAUCUACAAGGUGCUCAAGCAGGUCCACCCCGACACCGGUAUCUCCAGUAAGGCUAUGUCGAUCAUGAACUCGUUCGUGAACGACAUAUUCGAACGCAUCGCUGCAGAGGCUUCCCGUCUCGCCCACUACAACAAGAGGUCGACGAUCACCUCCAGGGAGGUGCAGACUUCGGUGAGGCUUUUGCUGCCCGGAGAGCUGGCCAAGCACGCAGUCAGUGAAGGCACCAAAGCUGUCACCAAGUACACCAGCUCGAAGUGAGAGAGUCUCACGUCGUAUUUCAACGAUGUUUAUUGAACAAAAGGCCCUUUUCAGGGCCAC